UGAAUUCUUCGACUUCAUUUCCAAGAGCUUUCCUCUUGUCUCAUUUUUCCUCGUCGAUUGUUUUUAUCUGAAUUUUUUUCUUACUUUAUCAGAAGUAAUUUCUCUCACUAAUUUCGGAGUUGGAAUCUGAGCUCUCAAAUCCGCUAUUAAAGAUUUGGAGGAGGCCAAUCUCUUGAGGUUCUUGUUGGCUCUCGUUUGAGAUGGGCAGUUCUUCAACUCAAGUGGUAGUGGAUGGCGAUGAAGGUUUAGAGAAAGAGAUUUUGAGUCUAUCGUCGAAUCAAAACCCUAUGGCUGAGCUAUCGCCGACUCCAUCUCCGUCGUCGACUUCGACGGCUCCGGCUCUGGUUCUAUCCAAUUCAGGGAAGCGGAUAGACCAAGCGGGGAAGAAGAAGUACGUGAAGCAAGUAACCGGACGGCACAACGACACCGAGCUUCAUCUGGCGGCGCAGCGGGGAGAUCUGGCCGCCGUGAAGCAGAUUCUCGGUGAUAUUGAUGCACAGAUGGUGCGAAAUCUCAGUGGCGCCGAUUUGGAUGCGGAGGUUGCUGAGGUCCGAUCGUUAGUAGUGAACGAGGUCAAUGAAUUGGGCGAAACAGCUCUGUUCACUGCCGCAGAGAGAGGACACAUAGAAGUCGUUAAGGAGCUAUUGAAGUAUUCCAAUGAAGAGACUCUUACGACGAAGAACAGGUCUGCUUUCGAUCCGUUGCAUAUAGCUGCAAGUCAAGGACACCAUGCAAUUGUCCAAGUUCUUCUUGAUCAUGAACCUUCUCUAAGCAAAACAAUUGGACCGUCGAAUGCGACUCCACUCAUUACUGCUGCAGCAAGGGGCCACACAGCCGUAGUUGAGGAAUUGCUUAACAAAGAUCAUAGCCUACUAGAGAUUUGUAGGUCUAAUGGUAAAAAUGCAUUGCAUUUUGCUGUGCGCUCUGGUCAUCCUGAAAUUGUAAAACUAUUACUCAGCAAAGAUCCACAGUUAGCACGAAGAAAUGACAAGAAGGGCCAAACUGCACUGCACAUGGCUGUCAAAGGGCAGAGGCGUGAUGUCGUGAAGUUGCUCCUUGAUGCAGAUCCUGCCAUUGUAAUGCUUCCUGAUAAAUUUGGCAACACCGCGCUGCACGUCGCCACGAGGAAGAAGCGUGUGGAGAUAGUGCAGGAGCUAUUGCUCCUCCCAGACACCAACGUGAAUGCUCUAUCCAGAGAUCACAAAACUGCUUUUGACAUAGCUGAGGAGCUUCCUCUUUCAGAAGAAUCAUCAGAAAUUAAGGACUGUCUGUCUCGUUACGGCGCUGUUCGAGCCAACGAACUAAACCAACCAAGAGACGAGUUGCGGAACACAGUGACUCAAAUCAAGAGAGAUGUUCAUACCCAGCUUGAACAAACCCGAAAAACAAACAAAAAUGUGCAUAACAUUUCUAAAGAGCUCAGAAAGCUGCACAGGGAAGGAAUCAACAAUGCAACCAAUUCAGUAACUGUGGUGGCUGUGCUUUUUGCAACAGUUGCUUUUGCAGCCAUCUUUACGGUGCCGGGUGGCGACACGGAUCAAGGAACAGCUGUUGUCGUUCGCUCUAGUUCUUUCAAGAUCUUCUUCAUCUUCAACGCAAUCGCAUUGUUUACGUCGUUGGCAGUAGUGGUUGUGCAGAUUACGUUAGUUAGAGGUGAAACAAAAGCAGAAAGACGAGUCGUGGUGAUCAUAAAUAAACUCAUGUGGCUGGCUUCUGUUUGUACUUCGGUCGCUUUCAUGGCGUCGUCUUACAUCGUGGUUGGCCGUAAAAAUCGAUGGGCUGCAGUUGUGAUCACAGUGGUUGGAGGUGUGAUUAUGGCGGGCGUUCUUGGCACCAUGACUUACUAUGUUGUGAAAUCUAAGAGAAGUCGAUCCAUCAGAAAGAAGGAAAAGAGUAAUAGACGGAGUGGCUCAAACUCAUGGCAUCACUCUGACUUCUCAAAUUCAGAAGUUGAUCGAAUUUACGCUCUCUAGAAUUAGAACUCUUUGGUUUUGCUCAACUCUUUGUAUGUAUGCAUGCGUAAGCUCAAAUUCUCUUUCGAUUAGAUUCAUAAUUUAUUCGU